AUGAACAUUCGCGGAAAAACUCUACAUGUAAAAUACGCCUGGAUUGACGGAAAAAUCGAGAAAAACGUUUCCAUUUCCGUGGAUGAAUCCGGAAAAAUCGUAGAAAUCAACAAGAAAGUGUUCGACGACAAUGUUCAUCUGAGCAAUCAUCUUCUAGUGCCAGGAUUCGUCAAUACGCAUUCUCAUGCAUUUCAUCGUCACUUGAGAGGCAAGUCGGAAAUCGGAAAGUCGGCAGCUGACACAUUUUGGAAGUGGAGGGAUAAUAUGUAUGGAUUGGUUGCUGAGGUUACCAAGGAAAAGAUAUAUCAGUACUGCUUAUCGACCUUCAAAGAAAUGAUCAAUGCCGGAAUAACCACUGUUGGAGAAUUUCAUUAUGUGCAUCACUCGGAACAAAAAUUCGAUUUGGACCAAUCGGUGAUUCAAGCAGCCAUCGACUCUGGAAUCCGUAUCGUUCUUCUUCAAACUCUCUACGAACAAGCCGGUUUCGAUAAUCCGGCUGUUCAUCCGGUCCAAGAGAGAUUCAUCUCGUCCUACGAAGAUUUCAUUGAGAAUUUAGAGAUUCUGAGAAAGAGACAGGAACAUCCUAGAGUUCAAAUUGGGGUGGCUGCUCAUUCUGCACGAGCAGUCCCAUUUGAGAAUAUCAAGCGACUUUUUGAGUUUGCAAAUGGUGAGAAGAUCCCGUUUCAUAUUCAUUUGGAGGAACAGCCAAAAGAGAUUCUAGACUGCCAAAAGUGGAUCGGACAGAAACAGGGACCAAGUGACAUUCUGCUAUCUCAAAUGCAACUAAACAAAUAUUUCACCGCGGUUCAUGCCACAUUCACUCCUGCGAAUAAUAUGGUUCAGUUCUCGAAACUCGGAGCGAAUGUCUCGAUUUGUCCCUGCACGGAAGGAUACCUCGGCGAUGGAAUUCCACGAAUAAAUGAGAACCUAAAAAUCAGUUUUGGAACAGAUUGUAACAAUCGAAUCUGUUUUUUGGAGGAGAUGAGAUGGGCGUGCUUUUCGCAGCAGAUGCUCAACAACUCUCGAAGUGUGUGUGGCCUGUCGCCAGAAAAACUUCUCCAAUGUGCUACAAUUGCCGGAGCACGCGCCUUAUCUCUAACCUCAACUACAGGAAGUCUUGAGAUUGGCAAGUACUUUGACGCUGUCUCGUUUUCUCUGGACUCUCCACUUUUCGCCAACUCUCUCGCCGACACACUCAUUGAUUCUCUAGUGCUCUCGGCUGGAAAUCGCGAGAUUUCGCAUGUUUUUGUGGCCGGAGUGGAUAGGAAAACAUAA